UAUUUAUUGCUACGGCUAAGUAAAAUGUUAACAAAUAUGGAAAGUGCUAAUAGUGCUAUAUCGGGACUCAGUAAAACACUCACAACCCCAUUUUCUAUAAAUGAUAUUUUAACGCGAAAUAACAAUACACUUAAUGGUUCGCAUUUAGAGCAUCGUCGUUUAUCCGGCGGUUUGGAAUCUGAAACGGAUCUUUUGUCCAUUAAAGUGAAUCGACGAAAAUCGCUUGAGGAAAACAAUUCCGAGAAUUGUUGUCGUAACGCGGGUGACAUAAAUCUUUAUAGUAAAUUGGCAACACAGUGUGCUAUAUCGCCGCCGGAUCGUGUGAAUCACAGUCGCGAAAUUAAAAUGAAUAAUGUGGCAAGCAGCGAAUACAUUCAGUAUUAUUCUGCCUUGGAUAAUAAUAAUCACACCGAUUUUAUGCAACACAAAUUGGGUAAUUUUUUUGGGACUAAUAGCAAUGUUCUAAAUAUGGGGAAUGGAAAUAAUCGUGAUUGUCAUCCAAUCGAUAUGAGAAGGUGCACAAACAAUGAUUCCGACUGUGAUUCUCCACCACCAGCUAUUUAUGGUGUUGGCACUAGUGACAGUUCACUUACCGAUGAAAAUUCUGCUAUUAAUCGUAAGAAGCGUUCACGUGCCGCUUUCAGUCAUGCACAGGUUUUUGAACUAGAACGGCGUUUUUCCCAACAGAGAUAUCUAAGUGGACCUGAACGUUCAGAAAUGGCCAAAACCUUACGCUUAACUGAAACUCAAGUUAAAAUUUGGUUUCAGAAUCGUCGUUACAAGACCAAAAGAAAACAAAUUCAGCAACAUGAAGCUGCGUUACUGAGCGCUACCAAACGUGUGCCCGUCCAGGUUUUGGUAAGGAGUGAAGAUGUGUACAUUACGCAACCAAUAUAA